AUGCCGUGUGAAAGUGCUUGCAAGUGAAAGUUUACAUUUCGCUGAGUUUUUCAUGUGCAUGUGUAUUUGCAGAUGGCAGGGGUGUGUGUCUCCUAUGUCAGUCUUUUUCCAGCUCUUUCUGCACCUCCUGCAUGCUUAUCACUGACUGCUGCUGGAGCGAACGGGACGCCUCGCUGUAGAGAAGCUGCAGAACAAAAGGUGCUGGACUCAUAAUGACCUUCAAACUUGGUUCCCUGCUGCUGGUCCUGGCUGUGCUCAUGGUGCUUGUGACGGCCCAGAGGAGGCGCCAAAAUACCAGAACCAACGAUGAGUGGAACUACAGGGACGGAGCCGAUCGGGUCAACAUGCGAGGUGUGGCCAACCUGACUCAGGUGUUGGAUGACUGGAGGUUCGACAUCCUGAACCAAAUGAAAGGUCUCCUGCAGAAUGACCAUCAGACUUUGCUGCCAGACUACAGCAGGAUCCAGCCGCUGUCCGAGGCCUUAGACGACCUCUUCAAGGAGUUCAACUCCCUCAAAGAGCGCCUGGGGGAGCUGACCGAGAAGUUCACCACCAUAGAAAGCUUCAUUGACGAAGUCAAGGCCAAUCGUGCCAAUACCGGCGGCCAGGCUUCAGCUCCAUCUUCUGGUGCCGCUGCCGGUCCGGCUUCUGGUCCAAUCCAAAGGCAGGGUGGAAGGAGGGUGAUAAGGAAGAAAACUGCCCAGUCGACUUAAAAAUCGAGAGCUUCUUUUGCUCAGAUUUCCCCCAUCCUUUAAGCUUUAGUAGGGUUUUUCUGUCCUGUUUUCAUUCCCAAGGCCCUCAAUUCUGUCAUUUCAUUAAAACUCCUACAGACCUACUCAUGUCAUUUUUGCGCUCUAUAACAGGAGGGAUUUCUCUCAAACUGGCGACUUAGUUUAGUGUGGCUGAGCUACUCCUAAAUACAGAGAUCUUUAAACCUUCAAUAAACCUAAACCCAAUGGGUACAAGGUUGUCUUGUCCAGGAAGUACGCUAAACUGUUUAUCAUGUGUUUAAAUACCUCAAACCCGUUAACAGUCACUGUUUCUCGAUUUUUUAAAGAAUAUACACAUUGAAUCAUCUUUUGGUGAGAAAGUUUCUGGGUUGAUUGAUUAUAAAUUCCCUUAAAUAGAAGGUGGGACAUUUAAUUGUCAGAAGUUGUCAGUAGGACUUUAAUUUUACCCUCCUAAAGAAGAACCAAAGAUAUGGAAAAAUUCAGUCUUAUUAGAGUCCAUUUUUUUUUUAGAAAUUGACUUAAUAACAUAGAAUUUUGAUCCUAAAUCAAAUGAUGUAUGCUAGGUCCGGUGGUUCUAUCACAGUCCAGCUAAUACAGCAGUGAGUAACAUUAAACCUUUUCAGUUUGAACCUUCGCACGUUGAAAUUGAUGAGAAUUUAUAAAUCACAAGAGGUGAUGAAGAAGAGGAGGACCAAACAGAGGAAGAGGGGAGAGCUGACUGAAGAAGGAGGCGUUUUUGCGCCCGCGGCUAGGAGAUGCUUAGCAUGAUGUAGAUAUAGAACGAUGAGUUACAAGGAAACCCCUUUGUGUGUGAAAUUAUUCCAUUUUUUUUAAACUAUUUGAUGCAAAUCUGCAGUGAAUUGUGCUUUAUAUUCAUUAUCGGACUUUUACCACCCAGGUAUUUGUUUUUUUCCCAUUCCUCAAUAUAUUUCUGCAUCCGUUUAGUUUUUUUUCGGAGGAGGACCAUCGCUACGCGAAGGGGAACCGCCCCCAAAAGCAGCGGCAUUAUUUAAAGGCAUACUAUGCAACAUUUUUCAGUUAAUUAAUGUGUUCCAUAACGUUUUGGAUGAUUAAAUGAGUCAUUUCAGGUUGAACAAAGGU